UUGUAGUGUGAAUUUAUGUUGUAAAGUAUAUGAAGGCCAAAGACUGUCAUCUCUAUCAGUCGUCUUCAAAUUGUCUUCCAUGGAACCCUAGCAUUCAAACACAUAUCUGUAUGUUUAUUAAAAACAAAUGUGGGCAGGAGAAAAUACGUAUUUACGCCCAUCAUCCCAGCCCCAGUAUACCAGGAGCUGAUGGUCAUGACGUGUUUCAAAAUGUAAUUGCUGAAAGAGUUGGCUUACAAACGCUUGUCGGGACAAUACAAUCUCAAUGCAUUUUUAUGCCCUUCCAUACACAUAUUUUACAAGAAAAUAUGCACAACUUUUCUGGACCUUCAUCUUUCAUACUUCAGUGUGGUGGUGACACCAGGGUAGUGCUGUAACUGUGAUGGUCGCUUGCAUUGUGUUUGCAUGACUAGAGCCCUUUGCAUCUUGUACGUGUAUAAAGACUAUGAUUUGUGGCUAAAACCAUCAUAGACAGUCCCCAAUUUAUGAAUGAAUUGUGUUCUGGGUAAUUAGUUCUUGAGAAUCAGUUGCUGACCAUCUGUUUCCGUUUUCCCCAUGGAAACUGUUACAAAUCUCAGAGUAGUCCUACGGAGUCAGUGCAGUUAGCUGUAGUUCUGGGCCUUUGCAGGUAGGAUUCUCCAUAUUCAGUGAAGGAUGCAGAAGGGGAUAGUUUCCUUCCCUUUCCUGGGUAUAGGACAAGCUCCAGGCUAAGUUCUUUAAUCCCGGAUGGCUUUUGUUUGGUUUGGUUUUCUUUCCAUCCAUCUUUUUUUCUUUACCCUUCUCCUCAGGCUCUUAGUACCUUCAUGGUAUUGUAAGUCUCCAGCACCCCUGAUCCACCCAGACCUCAGUAUUCAUAAAAAUAAUCUUCCUCUUCGAGCCUCUGGUCAAAAUGUCUAUUCCUUCCAUGCCGCUGCUUUCGGCAUUUAGAUUUUGAGGAAAGCAAUCUUAUUAAACUCGUUUACCAGAGGAUAUUUUAAAAUUUCACUUUUGGUCUUUUUUCCCCGUAUGUAUGGAAUUAUUUUUCCUCAAUUUAAUUUUUAGUUGGUAGAAUCUUAGGCAUUGUAAUCCAAUAAAGUGAAAACCUACAUGCAGGAAAAGGGAGAUAUUCUAGGGCUGAGGUUUUUCCUGCUUGAAAACCGAUCUCCAAAUCUGUUUUCCCAGGUUCUUCCCAUUUCUUGUUUUCCCCUUCUGUUGAGCUCAUAGAAUUUCUAAAAGUUCCACAUUUUUCUUCAUGCCUUUCCAUGGCAUGCCUUCCAUGGUGGGGUGAGGAAGAUAAGAUCAAAGGGGCAUAUGUGUGUAUGUUUGUGUGUGUGUAUGUUUGUGUGUGUGUUUGUAGGUCAUUUCUAAGUCGAGGACUGCCUAUAAUUGCAAAAUCUCAUGCUUUUUGAUUCUCUUUUUUCAUCACUGGGCCCAGGUACAUGUGUCUUUGCAGAAUGUAAACCAUCACACAUUUCUGGAUGCUGCAUGCUGGGUUCUUCAACCAGCCCUUGUCAUUGACUAGCGUUCUACAACUAUGUUAUCUUCAACGUUUGCUUUGGCACAAUUCAACGACAUUGGGAAUAUAUAUGUAACCAUAAUAAAGACAAGACGAAGAUCCUAGGAGACAAAAAUGUUGACCCCAAAUGUGAAGACAGUGAUAACAAGUUUGACUUUUCAGUGAUGUCCUAUAAUAUACUUUCACAAGAUUUAUUGGAAGACAAUUCACAUCUGUAUAGACACUGCCGGCGGCCAGUUUUACACUGGAGUUUUAGGUUCCCCAAUAUCCUGAAAGAAAUUAAACACUUUGAUGCAGAUGUACUUUGUUUGCAAGAAGUUCAAGAAGAUCAUUAUGGAGCAGAGAUCAGGCCAAGUUUGGAAUCUUUGGGUUAUCACUGUGAAUACAAGAUGCGGACAGGAAGGAAACCUGAUGGCUGUGCCAUCUGCUUCAAACAUUCCAAGUUUUCACUCUUAUCAGUGAACCCAGUGGAAUUCUACCGCCGUGAUGUUCCUCUGUUGGAUAGAGACAAUGUUGGAUUAGUGUUACUUUUGCAGCCCAAAAUUCCGAGUGCUGCCUCUCCUGUGAUCUGUGUAGCUAACACACAUCUGUUGUAUAACCCAAGGCGAGGUGAUAUUAAGCUGACCCAAUUGGCAAUGCUUCUGGCAGAGAUUUCCAGUGUUGCCCAUCAGAAAGAUGGCAGCUUCUGCCCUAUCGUUAUGUGUGGUGACUUUAAUUCUGUUCCUGGUUCUCCGCUCUAUAGUUUUAUAAAGGAAGGAAAAUUGAAUUAUGAAGGACUUGCCAUUGGCAAGGUAUCUGGCCAGGAACAGUCUUCACGGGGACAAAGAAUUUUAUCUAUUCCCAUUUGGCCCCCAAACCUAGGUAUCUCACAGAACUGUGUGUAUGAGGUACAGCAGUUACCAAAAGUAGAAAAGACAGACAGUGAUCUGACACAGACAGAGCUGGACAAAACAGAGGUCCUAGUGACAGCUGAAAAAUUAUCUUCAAAUUUACGGCACCAUUUCAGCUUGUCAUCUGUUUAUUCACAUUAUUUUCCUGACACUGGAAUUCCAGAAGUGACCACUUGUCAUUCCCGAAGUGCCAUAACUGUGGAUUAUAUUUUCUAUUCUGCUGAAAAGGAAGAUGUUGCCAGGCAGCCAGGUGCUGAGGUUGCUCUGGUUGGUGGCUUGAAACUUCUGGCCAGACUAUCACUCCUUACGGAACAAGACUUGUGGACUGUUAAUGGACUUCCAAAUGAAAAUAAUUCUUCAGAUCAUCUGCCUUUAUUGGCUAAGUUCAGACUUGAGCUGUGACUCUUCUUUGAUUGUAUAUACAUACAUAUAUAUAUAUACUUUUCUUUCCGAUUUAUAUUCUUUUUCAAAAAAUGUAAAAUAUUUCUUGAGAGUUUGCAUGUUUAUUUUUAUGCCGUGGAGUUUCUGAAGAGGUCGUGUUAAAUGCUUGAAACAGAUAUCAGAAGAAACAAGUUUACAAUUUUCUUUGUAAUACCGAAAAAAUAUUUUCCUGACAAGUGAGAUCUAAACGUUUACUCCUUAUUGUAAAAGAGUUGUAAAUAUUUUUUAUUCUAAAUCCCAGUAAAGUUGACAGUGAUUUUUAAACAUAGUGCAUCCUCUUUAGUUAGUAAAGAAUUUCAGUUGAUGUUUUUGGCAAGCUUUAUGGUGGAUCCAAAGUAUCUUUGAGUUCCUGCAAACCACAACUCGUUUCCCUUCCAGAAGGCCUGAUUUCAUUGUGAGGACCAUCUGUUUGUUGAGUCCUAAUUAGUUCAUCUCAGAAAUCGCUCACAAGUGUCCAACCAACCAUUUUAGUUUGGUUUUGAGGGGGCUUGAUAAUGCUUCUUAGAAUUGUACAGAUUGCUUAAUCCGUCUUUACUCCUCUCCUGAGCCGUGGACGAUGUCUGCAUUUUGUUGGGAGAUGUAGGUCACUGUAACUAAGAGUUGAAGUGCUUUACAGACGCCCUCUUUCCAUCCUGUGACAGGCAGACCAUUCCAGCAUGCCUGAGAGAGGCAGAGACUGGGUUAGAAUGCCUUUGUUUGCCUAGCAUUUUGUGGGGGUUUUUGGUUUUUUGUUUGUUUUUUUUCUCUUCAGUUUCAAGAAGAGAUUCCCGGGUUGGAGGAGAAACUUUAUUUUUCUGAACCAGUUCUGUGGAAAUUUAUUUUAUUAGGAAACUUGUCUUUAGAACAAAGUGGCAGCUAUAAGAUUCUUUUGGUUUUGCUCAGAUAUUUAGGAAGCCCGUAGAACUAGUGGGGAGAUACCAACUUGGAGACCUAAUACUCCUAACUAGUAAUUUUAACUGUCUUAGUGCUAUUGUUUCUAAGAUGUUCCUUUGUUUUCUUUCCUAAUGAGGCAGCAGUGUGACGUGGUGCUGACAUUUUUUUAUAAAGUGGUCAAGAGCAGGUCUAGUGAGUCCCACAGUUGGCGCUCUGUGAGUGUUUGGAUCAAACAUUUUAAAACAAAAAAGUUAAUGUGUCCUCAUUUUUAGACAAUAGGAUAAAAAAAUUAUGCACAUUUUUACUAAGUAGUAAUUUUAUAUUCAAUUAUACUGAAUUAUAGAAGUUUUUACAAUGGGUGUUCUUCAUAGAAUGCCUUUUCUGAAAUUAGAAAGCAGUAUUUACUCCGGGUCCUGGACUUUAAAGGUUUUUGUACUAAAGUAUAUUUACUACAGUUAUUUUUUGAGAAAAGAAAUCAAAUGACUACCUGAACAAGGCGUGUAGGUUAUGAGGAUUUACCUAUGAAAAAUGAUAAGUAUUUUUAAAUGUUUAAUUUCUCACUUUUUUGGGUUUUUACCUACAGUAUUAACUGUAGUUCUAAGACUUUCCACGUUUUCUAGUAACAGUUUGCAGAAUAUUGUGUGCUCUAAUUAACAGAUAUUGUCCUCAUCAAAUAAUAGUAUGAUUAAUCCCUUUUAAUAUUGGGGGAAGAAAAAUGAAAAUGCAUUAAUUACUCCUUUGUGUUCUGUGAGUUUAACAACAGAUAACUUUGUGUAUAGGUCAUUGUUGCUAAACUAACAUCUCUGAAAACCUCUGGGAAAACUUAAUUUUUUAUGUCCUGAUCAAUAUAUUAAUUUUAGGCCCUUUUCAUGUGCUUCACUUUGUAGAAUAAAUCCAUAAAAAUGCUUUCCACUUGAGCAUAUAGGACGUAGUAUUUUGUGAACUGGAGGCCAAAGGGUCAGUGCAACCUUCUCACAGGUUUUUGAAGCUCUGCUAAAAUGAACUGUCCACUUGUCUUUACUUUUUUUGGUCAGAAUUGGUGAUUCUGUUGGAGCCUUGUAUUUACCUGCCAAAAAGCAUUUAAUUCUGGUUAAUUGCUUAAGCCAAAUCACCCCCAGGCGGAAGUGCUGUACUGGCCAAGUUUUAAAAUGGAAAGAGAUACUGUGGAGUAAGAAAUGUUGGUUUUCUGAUACCUUUUGAUAUCAAGAUAAUAUGCAUGUUUGAAA